AUGACUGUACAAAGACAUUUCUGUGACCAUCCAGGCUGCCAGAAAUCUUUCAGCCACAGGAGCCAUCUGAAUAGACAUCUCAUCAAUCAUACUGCUGUCAGACCCUUUUUAUGCGAGGAAUGCGGCAAGGGCUAUAAACGGUCCGACGUUUUGAAGACCCACUACAGGAAGGUCCAUCCCCAUGUUCAUAUUUCUGAUGGAGAUGCAGAUGGGUUGGUAACUGUUGAGCCAAGUACACCCAAUGCAGCCAGAUCGAAUGAAGAAGGCGAUUUGUCAGAAAUGGUAGCGUUAGAUGAGUCAUCGGAGAAGCCACAAUUGCAAUACCAGCAAGUUCCGCCAGAAGCAGUUUAUGUGGAUCGGAAGGAAAGUUUCAAUUUCUCACCUUCGCAAUUGUCAGACCCUGAAGACUUUCGAGGGAUUGCCACUGGAAUGUUCCAGGAUAAUGACUUGAGUUGGCUUUUUGUUCCUAGCUCUGCUGCUCCACUCCAGGGCUCAUUAGAGACUGAUAACGAGGCCGACAAUACCUUCAAGAAGCCGUUUACCCCAUUCACUGUUAACUUUGUGGACUCGGUUCUUGAGGCUGCGAAUGUUCCGAGAACACUAGAGUUUGACUACGAUGUGAACGCAGAAAUCCCUUUAGAACUUAGUUGGCAAAACGAACGACAAAAAUGGACGCGAAUCUCCAUUAACCUCCAUCAAUCGAUAUCCUCCACUUUGAACAGAAUACCACCGACACAAGCGGAACUGUUCUUCUCGCCCGAAAGCAUAAGAAAGAAUUUUGACCUUUAUUUCACGACCUUUCAUGACCAUUUCCCUAUUCUUCACAAACCCACUUUUUUCAAUACCCCCGAAACGAUCCCUCCUUUGCUGUUAACUGCGGUCCUGACUCUUGGUGCGCUUAAAGAUACCGAGGAUAACUACCAGACAGCUGUUAAAAUCCACGAAGAGCUUAUAUGGAAGGUUUUCAGCCAUUCAGACUUGAUACCGUCCAAACUAUGGAUCAUACAAACGCUAGCUCUGAUUCAGGCAUUUGCUAAGAUGGGUUCUACGCGGCAUCAACACGAGAUCUCAGCUACAUUCCACAGUGCCAUCAUCACAAUUCUGAAACGAGAUGGAUCGUGUACGAACAUGCGGAGUUCGAAGAGCAAAAGACAAGCCCACCUUUCGCCUCAGCAGAAAUGGGAACUGUGGAUUGAACAGGAGUCUAUCAAGAGGGUAGUAUUUCUAAUUUUCGUUAUGGAUGCUCAACAUUCGGUUCUAUUUGGCCAUGUUUCGUCACUUUCUGUUUCUGAAAUUCGUUUGGAAUUGCCAUGUCAAGAAGACUUGUGGGAACUCAGCGAUGUUUCUAUAUGGCAGAAACGGUUAGACACCCUAAAUGCCGAAACAAAGAAACCACUUUUGUUUCUGGAUGUUUUAAAAGGAUUGAUGGACGAUCGGUCUCUCCCCGUGACAUUGUCGAGUUUCUCUAAAUUGGUGAUACUUCACGGUUUACUGAAUGUUAUUUGGAGUAUACUGAGGGAGGAAAAAGAACCUUUUGUUAUAGUGAACCCGGAAUACGCCCAAAAAGCUUCAGUUCAAUUGAGAAGGAAGACGAUAUUGGCCAGAGCAAUAGAGACAUGGUCGUAUUCACUGCUCAGCAGAAUGCCUUCCAAAGCCAUUGAGGCAUGCCGGUCACUGUACCGUAUUUCCUACUUGACCUUAUACACCUCUAAAACUUCGAUUUUGGAGAUUCUGGCCUUUUGUGGAUCGCCUUCGCUGACAGGUCGUCCGUUGGCGAACAAAGAUCGAUACAAGGCAUUUGUAUCAGUUGAAAGAUGGGCCGAAUCGCCUGAAGCUACUCAGUGUGUAGUUCAUGCUCUGCUGUUGAUCCAACACAUCACCCUGGUUGGAGAAGGUUCUGCGGCGUCAGCUUCCUCUUCUACAAACGGAAAGUACCAAGCUUACAAAGAUGCAAUUGUUUUUAGACCAUGGUGUCUUUACAUUUCAACGCUGGUAGUUUGGUCAUACUGCUUCUUUGCCAAUGGGAAACAACUGAGUGCCGUGGUGGACUCUGAUCAACACUAUCCGGCAGCGGAGCAAUUCCUGAUUGACCUGCUGAGAUCAUUACUCAGAAGACUUCGGGCUGGUCCCAAUGAAAAGACUGAACUUUCUCUUGACCUGAGCCAUUGCAGGUCUUUGGUGAAGGUUGUGAGAGAGAGUCUUCAAGGGUGCAGGUGGGAAAUGCUCAGUGAUGCUUACUUCUCUUUGGGUGAAUUGCUGACGGUGGUGGGACAGAAGUCCCCCACCGAUAUUGCGAAAUCCUAA